AUGGUCGUCUUAGCAGCCUCAAUAUGUACCCGUGGUGGCAAGCCUCUCUUAUCAAGACAAUUCAGAGACAUUUCUAAAGACAGGAUCACUGCGCUCUUGGCCAAUUUCCCAAGCUUGAUUUCCAAUUCUGCCAGCCAACACACCACCGUUGAGGAUGAGAAUGUGAGAUAUGUGUAUCAGCCAUUGGAAGAAUUCUAUAUCGUUUUAAUAUCAAACAAGACGUCAAAUAUUUUGCAAGAUAUCGAUACGUUGCAUCUUUUUGCACUGGCUGUUUCAAAUUUGUUGCGUAAUGUUGAUGAGCGUGAGAUCUUUGAUUCGGCAUUUGAUAUAAUCGAUGCAUUUGACGAGAUUAUUAAUAUGGGGUAUAAGGAGAAUUUAACCAUUAGUCAAGUGCAAACGUUUUUGGAGAUGCAUUCCCAUGAAGAAAAAAUUCAAGAGAUUAUUGAGAGGAAUAAGGAGUUUGAAGCUGCUGAGGAAAGAAAAAGAAGAGCUAAGGAGAUUCAAAGAAGAGAGUUGGCAAAUAGAAACAAUGACGAUUUCGGUCAACGAUUUGGCGGUGGUGGUGCUGGCGGUGGUGCAUAUUCUAGCUUGAGCCAACCAACCGUGCAACAACCAGUGUAUCAACCUCCAUUACCCAUCGAAACUGAAAAAGAAACAAAAUCAACAUUCAGUUCAAGACCAAGAGGCGGGGGACUACAAUUGGGUAAAAAGACUAACAGGCCACUCGCACCAGCCAAUGAACCAUUGUUGAGUAACCAACAACCGGCAUUUGCCAGACCUUCUCAAUCAUCAUCUUCUUCUUCCACUCCAGCACAAUAUCAGCAAUCACCAGCACCGCCAUCCAAGACGGUGUCACCUGCUCCACAAGCCCCCAAAGUGCCCAACAACGGUAUCCUCAUCACUGUCAAUGAAAAGGUCAAUGCUCGUUUAUCUCGUGAAGGAUCGGUUCUUUCAUCUGAAGUCAAAGGCGAUUUGCAAUUGAGAAUCAAUGAUCAGUCCUUGGCCAACGCCAAGAUUUUGUUAAAGAUUAGUGACAAGGCCGACAAGAAACAGUACAAGACACAUCCAAAUGUCGAUCGAAACUUGUUUCAGAAUGAAAGUAUAUUGACAGUCAAGGACAAGUCAAAGACCUUCCCAUCAAACGACCAAGCUUUGGGUGUUUUGAGAUGGAGAUAUGUGGGUAAACAAGAUGACUUGACAUCAAUCCCCAUCUUGAUUACCGCUUGGGUGAACAUUGAUGAUAACGCAAUUGCUCAAGUCACGCUAGAGUAUGAGUUACCUGCUGAUUUUACAUCAUCGCAUCCAAACGACGCUUUCAAAGUUGAAAAUGUCAAGGUAUUGAUUCCAAUUGUGAGCCAUGAUGUUGUAUUACAAGAGGGCAAUGAUGCUAUAUCGUAUGACAUUUUGGACCAAACAGGAAUUGUAUUCAAUAUUGGGUCCAUUACACUCGACGACCCACAAGGGUCAUUUGAGUUUGCGGUUCCCGUCGAAGGCGGAGAUGAAGAAUCGUUGUUCCCCUUGGAAGUUCAAUUUGAUAUAAACAAUGUCGACUUGGUUGAAAGUGAUGUGUCCUUGGGAGGAGUCUCUGUCACUGAUGUCGUUUCGAAUGACGACGAUGAAAACUCUUUGCCAUUUGAUUUACACGCCAACAUCAUUUCAGAGAGCUAUAUAAUAGAAUAA